AUGUACGGUGAGAAGGAACGGCUACGCAUCUGCCACAGCGGGCAGCGAGGCGCUCCAGUGGAACCAGCGGAGUUGGCGAGGGCCCGCUGUUUUUGCUGUGGGGUAACGCUAAAGUAGUGGGUACACGGAGACAGUCCGAUCGCAGAGCAUCGCAAUCUCGCCUCGGUCUGGGACGAUGGCAACAUUACGAGCGCUCCUGGUCAGACAGACUCAGUGGACGGCCAGCUGUUAAGCCAGCUGCAGCGCAUGGCUGCGGACGAACAGGUGAGCACCGAACAGGCCGCUUAUCCAGAGAUGGGAUCAGAGAGCGCGCGCCUCAACAGCUUCAGCAACUGGCCCACAAAUACCAACCCUCCACCAGACACACUGGCACAAGCUGGUUUCUUCUAUACAGGUCAUGAUGACAGUGUGAAGUGUUUCUUCUGUGAUGGUGGAUUAAGAAACUGGGAGCCUGGAGAUGAUCCAUGGCAGGAACAUGCGAGGUGGUUUCCACGAUGCGAGUAUUUGCUUCAGUCAAGAGGACCGGAGUACGUCAGUAAUAUACAGUCUUACUUUAAUAUUCCAGAGAUGUCUGAUUCAUUAAUACCAGCACAACACACACUAACACUCCACCACCAUGUCAGUCCUGUGGUGAGGCAGGAUAACAGUGCCAAUGAGAUGAAAACUGUGGCCACAGCUGAAGAGAAAGUGCCAGGGAACCUGAAUCCUGAGGAACAGCUGAGGCAGCUUCAGGAGGAACGCACCUGCAAAGUAUGCAUGGACAAAGUGGUGUCCAUGUUGUUUAUUCCCUGCGGCCAUCUGGUUGUGUGUUCAGAGUGUGCCGCCAGUUUGCACCACUGCCCCAUUUGCAGAGCAGUAAUUUGUAGCAGUGUGCACGCCUUCAUGUCUUAG